UCUGAGAAAAUUCCAUUUGGUUACAUCAAACAUCAAAGGGCCAGCCAGAACGAAGUUGAGGAGGAGAAACCCAACCCCUUAUUGGUUUUUUUGACCUUUUUUUUUUAAAUCUAGUCUAGGUAGGUCUUAAGCUCUAUAUAUGGUAUAGAUGCAACCUCCAUGCCUUCAGCCUUGUUCUUCUAUAAAUCUCUGCUCUCUUCACUUCCACCACUCCCAUCCUAUGGUUUCUCAAUUGAACCACCUAACCUGAAAAACCAAAGCUUCCUUCUCUCUCUCUCUCUCUCUCUCUCAAAGGAUCGAUACAUGGCUCAGACGUUGAUGAUCGCCAAUGGCGGUGAGGAAGACUUUAAUCAGCUUCGAAGAGGGCCUUGGACGCUGGAGGAAGACACCCGUCUUAUCCAUUAUGUUUCAUGUCAUGGCGAAGGCCGCUGGAAUUUGUCAGCCAAAUGCGCAGGACUGAAAAGAACUGGGAAAAGUUGUCGAUUGAGGUGGCUAAAUUAUCUAAAACCCGACAUCAAGCGCGGAAACCUCACCCCUCAAGAGCAAAUACUGAUUCUUGAACUCCAUUCCAGAUGGGGGAACAGGUGGUCAAAAAUUGCGCAGCAUCUUCCGGGAAGAACAGACAAUGAGAUCAAGAACUAUUGGAGAACCAGGGUGCAGAAACAAGCACGCCAGCUCAAGAUUGAGUCCAACAGCAAGAGAUUUGUGGAGGCUAUAAGAUCCUUUUGGAUGCCAAGAUUACAGGAAAAGGUGGAGCAAAUUUCAUAUUCAAAUUCAACUACUUCUCCCUCAACCAUGGAACUACAAAACUCUACAAUCUCAUCUCCACAACCAAGCAAGAAAAUGGACGGUGGCUGCUGCAGCCACGGAGUUGAAAAAUCAAGUUCCAUGGUGGGAAUAACAGAGCUGCCCGGAAUCUCAGAGCAGCCGACAAGUCCGGCUCAUGUGUUUGCUCACUUCGUGGAUAUGAUCAAUGACUGUGAAGGGGAGAGCUUCAACUUUUCUGCCAUGUCAGCUGUGGGGCCGCCUCAAGGUCUUUCCUUCUCUGACGGCCAAGUGGCAGCGAGUGAUUGGAUGGGCGAUGACAUGGCGGGUGCCUUGUGGAACGUGGACAGUCUCUGGCAGUUUUAGGAAGCCAGACUAGUUGGAAAACUAUUGGGUUUAGGCUUUUGUUUAUUACUCCGUCCAACCCAGUGCUCACUAUGACUACUACGACAAGUAGGACUAUAAAUUCUCAAAUAUAUAUAUAUAUGUAUAUAUAUAUAUGUUAACCCCAAAUCUUUCAGUGAGUAUCUAAGAGGGAGAGGGUGGUUUGGCAGUGUUGUCAGUUUUUCGUUUUUGGUCUUUUUAUAUGUUUUCUUGUUUUUGUUUCCCGAACAGAAAACACGUUUAAUAAGUAGUACAUAUAAUGCUUCGAAGAAAAUGAAAACAAAAAUCACUGUUCAAUCUUGUA